AUGCAGUGCUUAACCAAGAAGGAUCGUAAAAGUACGCAAGUAUUGGAGUGCUACUGCCGACUUAAGGUCCUUAAAUUGGAAUGUGAGAAACUAGCAAGUGAAAAGACAGAAAUGCAGAGGCACUAUGUGAUGUAUUAUGAAAUGUCAUAUGGAUUAAACAUCGAAAUGCACAAACAGCAUCAGCAGCAAGUGGCCCAAGCUGUAGAACGUGCUAAGCAAGUGACCAUGGCUGAACUGAAUGCCAUCAUCGGGGUACGUGGCCUUCCAGGUCUACCUCCUACA